GAAAUGACCAUUCAAUUGCUUUCUUCAGUGCAUUAUUGCUCUGAUAAAUACUGUAGUGAAAUAACUUUUUACUUGCUUUCUUCAAUGCAUUAUUGCUCUGAAAUGAAGUGACAAUUCAAUUGCUAUAUUUAGUGUAUUAUUGCUCUGAAAUGAAAAGACAAUUCAAUUUGUAUAUUCAGUGUAUUAUUGCUCCUCACCUUUUCUAUAUAUUUACUUCACAAUGCUUUAUACUUCAAUAUACUCAGCUUUCCACACAAUAUCUAUUCUUGUAGCAUCAAAUAAAUUCUCUAUAAUGUCAUCUGAAUCAAGUUAUAAUAGUUUCAUUUCAUCUUCAAAUUCUUCUAGUUCCGAUGAUGUCAAUUUUAUUCCACCAGAUCAUAUAGCAGAAGAACAAAACAAUGACUACAUGCAGCGUUUUGGAAGACGUAGACGUGCAAAUCGUAUGAUGGACCAAAUGAUGGAGCCCUUCAUUUUGGCUAAUCCAACUGAAGUAUAUGCAAUGGUAACUCAAGUUCCUAGGGCACCUAGGCAACAAGUUGAUCGAAAUCGUGUGGAUGCACACACUCGCUUAUGGAACGACUACUUUGCCGACAAUGCCCUCUACCCCCACGAUUAUUUCGCCGCCGAUUUCGCAUGCAAAAACAUGUUUUCCUUCGUAUAGUAGACGUGCUGAUUAAUAAGAACACGUUCUUCCAACAAAGGCCAGAUGCCACAGGGAGACUUGGUGCAUCAGCAUUGCUAAAGUGCACUGCGGCUAUAAGGUUGUUAGCAUAUGCCACAUCAGCAGAUUCAGUGGACGAUUAUCUUAAAAUAAGUGGCUCUCUUGCUAGAGAUUCACUACAACAUUUUGUUGAGGGUGUGGUUGCCGAGUUUGGUGACGAAUACUUAAGAAGACCUAAUGAAACAGAUUUAACGAGAUUGUUAUAUGCAGGUGAGGAAAGAGGAUUUCCGGGAAUGAUGGGUUCUAUUGAUUGCAUGCAUUGGCGAUGGAAAAAUUGUCCACUACAAUUUAAAGGACUCUAUUCGGGAAGAGCUGGUAAGCCAACUUUAGUUCUCGAAGCUAUUGCGUCAUAUGAUUUGUGGAUCUGGCAUGCUUUCUUUGGAACACCAGGUAGGUGCAAUGAUAUAAAUGUUCUUGAUAGAUCUCCAAUAUUUAACGAUGUAUUUGAAGGUCGUGCACCUCCAGUAAACUAUGUUAUCAACGGCCACCAGUACGACAUGGGUUAUUACCUAACAGAUGGUAUAUAUCCUCAAUGGGCCGCGUUUAUUCCCACAAUAUCUCUUCCAUUGAAUGAGAAGGAAAGCCUUUUUGCCCAAAAGCAAGAGAGCAAACGAAAGGAUGUGGAGCGUGCAUUUGGAGUAUUACAAGCUCGUUUUGCAAUAAUUCGUCAACCAGCAUUAGCUCGUGAUAAAUAUAUGCUAGGAAAAAUAAUGUUUGCUUGCAUUAUAAUACAUAACAUGAUAACUGAAGAUGAACGAGAUUCGUACUCCCUUCGUUUUGAUCCACAUGAUUAUGACCAAGAUUUUCGCCCAUCCUCAAGCCGACGACAAAACGCCGAUGAACCUUUUAUAUAUCAUAAUAGUGAUAAUCGCAUCGGAAAUUUGCAGACAUUCAUGAACAAUAGGGAUCGCGUCCGUGAUCAAGCUAUGCAUAGACGACUCAAAUUGGAUCUCGUAGAAAAUAUUUGGCUUAAAUUCGGGCUAAACAACGAGCAAACUAGUUAAGGUGUUGUGUUAUUUAUAUUUUUUAAAUAUGGUGUAUCAAUCUUUAUUUAAGAAAAGUCGGUAAUGUCUAGUAAAACAUCUAUGUAUUAAUGUUUGAUUAAAUGAAAUAAUUUUCUUGUA